UUCAGGUGAAAGGAACAAACCUGUCGGGAUGACAGAGCUACAAUGAGAGCUACAAUGCUACAAUGUAGCUCUGUCGUGCCGACAGGUUUGUUCAUUUCACCUAAAGAAGGCCACUUGUGUUGUGGCCGAAACGUCGUGAGAAUUUUAUUGCUUUAUUUUAUUAUUUUAUUCUCAUUCUACGUGACUUUACCGAAAGAACCAAAGAAGAAAAAUUAUGUCUUUUUUUUUUAAAGGAAAUUCUUGCUUAAAUGAAUAUACUGUGAUGGAAAACUAAGUACUCUAAAUUUUAGGGAACCAUAAGUGUACUUGGCUCACGAAGAGCUCCAGUUUCUGUAAACUUUAAUAUUACGAGCGUAGGUGUUGUCAAAAAAAAGCAGCUUUUACGAUGUGCUCGCAGUUACGAGGAAAAGUUUGCGAGGCGUAAACUAUCCGUCAACAACAACAUCGCAGUUGUGUUUACAUAUGAUGCAGUUUAUUUAAAGCUGUAAACAGUUGGCCUCAUUUUUGAACGUGGUAUGUUAAUCUGAAACAUAUCGGAACCAGUUUAACUUGGCGACAAGGGGUGGCAUUAACGCGCGCGACAAAUUUCGGGCCCGUUUUGGCCUAUGCUAUGUAACUCUUUAUUCGCGAGUGUUGGAAAAAAAAAGUGCUACUGAAAUAAUGCUGAAUUGCAUGAAUGCACUGAAGGCUACUUUUAAGAAUUUAACUAAUAGGACGCGUCGUGCCUUGGUAUGCGAUAAUGGGAAUCGUGUUGCCUGCGUAACUGGCAAACGAUAUAUUUUAUGAAAUGUAAAAGCAAAGCAGGUGGAUUUUUAAGUUUUUACACGUGCAAUGUACAUAGAACACAUGCAAUGGGUGAUUUGAUGAGAAUGUGUGUAUUUUUUAAGGGCUCUAAAAGUAAUACAAAAAAAGGAAAAAUGUUUAUUUUGUGGCCCUGCCUUGUAAAUUUAGUCAACUACGAACUGCAUAUCAUGCACAUCUAUUUCUUUGUAGGCAAAAAGGCAUGCUGGUUUUUAUCCAUGUUUUAGAGUUUUUGAUUAUAGAUGAAAAAUAAAACAUUGCAAACUUCCAGUGGUGUCUGCUUGUGACUGUCGUGGAGUCGUGUUGAAAAUGUUGACGUUGCAAUGGUUCACCUUUGUGGUGAUGAAACGACUGCAGAGGACAACAUGGGUUCUAUUCCACAGUUAUAAACAAUUAUUGCCACUUUUUCUUUUUGAUGUUCUAAACCUGUUCUUUUCUUAUCUCUGAAAGCGAAGACUUUGCACCCGAAAGUGCGAUUUUCCCCGUACCACUUUUCGGCCACUUAAAAUCUCCGUGCACCGAACAUUCCAUUCUGCGCCGUCCCAGAAGAAGAACGUCAAAGCCCUUCCUGGGAACGACGGUAAGGGGGAUGAUGGCGCAGAGAGAGAGCGAGAGAAAGCGGGAUCUUAAUGCUCACGCUCUUCACAUUAUCAACGACCAGCAGCCCAUUAAGUGUGUCGUGUCCCUUAUCUUCCUUAAGACUUUACACAUUGCUCGAAUAUACAUCAAUCACACGGGCUAUGACAUCGAUUAAAAAAAAAAAGCUUUCCUCCCAUGCAGUUCUAGGAGACGUUGUUGGGUACGGGCGAGGACGAUGACGGCGCUGGCAGGAGAGCGGGGUUCGGGGCGCCAGCUCCUGGCGCUCGCGCUCUGCGUCGCGUGCGUGGGAUCGAGCGCGCUGCCGUCGCACAGAGGGCAGCGUCAGAAGCUGCUGCUCGUCUCGUUCGACGGUUUCCGCUGGGACUACGACGAGGACGUGGACACCCCGAACCUGGACCACCUGCGCACCAUCGGGGUCGCGGCGCAACACAUGGUGCCGCCCUUCAUCACGAUAACCUCUCCGUCUCACUUCACCCUCGUCACUGGUAAACACAUCGAGUCGCACGGCGCGGUUCACAACCAGCUCUACAACGUGGAUCCCUGGGAAAAGCAGAGCUACCACGCGGCGCAGAAGCGCUCCGAGUGGUGGAACGAGACCCUCCCCAUCUGGAUCAGUGCUCAGAACCAGGGCUUGAAGACCGGCUCUCUGCACUUCCCCGGCGGUGCAGCCACGUACCAGGGCCAGACCGUGUACAGGUCGCUGCUGGAGAAAGCCACCUACAACUACAGCAACGAGACAGAGUGGCGGCUCAACGUGGACACCGUCAUGGACUGGUUCGUCAUGGACAAGCUGGAUUUCGUGGCGCUCUACUUCGGCGAGCCUGAUGUGACGGGCCACAAGUUCGGGCCGCAUUCAGAGGAGCGACAGGAGAAGGUGAGGCAGGUGGACCGCACGGUGGGCUACCUGCUGCGCAGCAUGGAGGAGAGAGGGCUCACGGGCAACAUGAACGUCAUCAUCACUUCGGACCACGGCAUGACGCCCACGCAGAAGGCUCCGGCCGUGGAGGAGAUCGUGCUGUCGAAGUUCAUCAACUUCACGAAGGACGUCAAGUUAGCCAUAGUGGACUACGGGCCGUUCGCCAUGAUUCAGCCCAAGCAGGGCAGGGAGGAGGCCGUGUACCGGGCCCUGAAGGGCGCCCACCCGAAGCUGAACGUCUACAGGAAGGAGGAGUUCCCGGAACGUUUUCGCUACCGGGAGCACAGGCGACUGCUGCCCAUCAUGAUGUACGGGGACCUCGGCUACGUGGUCAAUGGGAGGAUGAUAUUCCAGUUCAACAAGGGCGAACACGGCUUCGACAACGCAGAGGCGGACAUGAGGACCAUCUUCCGCGCCUUCGGUCCUCGCUUCCGCCGGGGCUACGUGGCGGAGCCGUUCGCCAGCGUGCACGUGUACGCGCUCAUGUGCGAGCUGCUCGGGGUGCAGCCCGAGCCGCACAACGGCUCCCUCGCCUUCACCAGGGACAUGCUCGCCGACUCGGUCGGUGACGGCGGCGAUGGCCCGGAAGGAUGA